CAUCUCAGGCAACCAUAGGAUCCUCCUUUUUAGCCAAGGUCGAAAUCUAGUUCAAAUGUCUAAGUCCAAGAACCACACCAACCACAACCAGAACAAGAAGGCUCACCGUAACGGUAUCCGCAAGCCCAUGCGCAACAGAUACCCUUCCCUCAAGGGUGUUGACGCCAAGUUCAUCAAGAACCAACGUUUCGUCAAGCGCGGUAGCGAAGCUGCCAAGGCUGCCAAAUAAACGAGUGGUUGGUGACGAAAAUUUCGGACCGCUACCCAUACAAAAACGAACGAUUAGAGCACUAUCAAUGUCCAUGUUCUCAUUGUGAAUAAAUAGUGCAUUCGUAAUACGCACCAAUUGUAUGGAUAAAUGAUGCGAGUGUAGGGCAAAUAGCGAAUGGAAAUUUGCAAAGAGUUUUAAGAGUUUGUUAGCUUGGUGUUUAAGUUCAGUUCAGUAUGCAUAGGAAG